CUCCAGGCAGAGAGGAGCAGUCACACAAGAGAAAGCAGAGAGAGAACUGCAUCCUGCUCGCUGUCCUGCUUUGCUUCCACUGCCUGAAGUCCCUGCACUCACAGUGAUCACCUGCACCUCUGCAUCACUUGCUCUCUUUUAUACAGUGAGAGUUCUGUUGGGACAAGUAAGCUGAGAGGGAACUAGCUGAGAGUCCUCCUGCUCAGUGCAUGUCCUAGCUCCCUGGCUGAAGACAUGGAACAGAUGACAGAGCUGGGGAACAAGAGUGAUGGCUUCACCUUGGAACCGAAUGGAUCUGAUGAACAGCCCUCUGUAAAGCCACUCUUGGGUAUUGGCAUAGACAAUGUUGUCACUCUGGUGGUGUUUGGCAUUAUAUUUGCACUGGGGGUCUUGGGCAACUCUUUGGUUAUCACAGUGCUGGCAAGAAACAAGCCGGGCAAGCCUCGCAGCACCACCAACAUCUUCAUCCUGAACCUGAGCAUUGCUGACCUUGCUUACCUUCUGUUCUGCAUCCCUUUCCAGUCCACUGUCUAUGUCCUGCCAACCUGGGUGCUAGGAGCAUUCAUCUGCAAGUUCAUCCAUUACUUCUUCACUGUGUCCAUGCUGGUGAGCAUCUUCACCCUGUCGGCUAUGUCAGUGGAUCGCUAUGUAGCCAUAGUUCACUCCAGGAGGUCUUCUUCUAUUCGUGUUUCAAGGAAUGCCCUGCUGGGAGUCAUCCUCAUCUGGAUUCUAUCCCUCGCAAUGGCUUGUCCAGUUGCCUAUAACCAACGUCUGAUCCACAGGAGCAACAACCAGACCUUCUGUUGGGAGUACUGGCCAGAUCUGAAGAACAAGAAGAUCUAUGUUGUGUGCACCUUUGUGUUUGGGUACCUGCUCCCUCUGCUUCUCAUUUCUUUCUGCUAUGCCAAGGUUCUUAACCAUUUACAUAAAAAGCUAAGGAACAUGUCAAAGAAGUCAGAAGCUUCAAAGAAAAAGACUGCACAAACCGUCCUAGUCGUCGUGGUGGUGUUUGGGAUAUCGUGGCUCCCGCAUCAUGUGAUCCAUCUGUGGGCAGAAUUUGGAAUCUUUCCUCUCACCCAAGCCUCAUUUGUCUUCAGAAUAACUGCUCAUUGUCUUGCAUACAGUAACUCUUCAGUGAAUCCAAUCAUUUAUGCUUUCUUGUCGGAAAAUUUCCGAAAAGCUUAUAAGCAAGUAUUUAAAUGUCAGAUAGGCUGCGACUCCAUGCAAAGUGAUGCUAAGGAAAUUAAAAGCAAAAUGGAGACUCCACCCUCCACAAACUGCACUCAUGUUUGACAGAGAUGAAGACGAUAGUCCUACUCAUAUCCAUUAAUGCAAGCCGCAAGAUUUCAAAGCACAAGGAUACUUGGCUAAAAUUGCAACUACAUUGUCUAGUUUUGAUGUAGCUGGCAUCUGCUUCAGUUAGCUUACAUCCUAUUCGUUCCAUCUUCUAAGCUACUGCUGCUCAUAUAAGGUCUAGAAACAAGUACAGUUCUCUUCAUCAAGAGAGAUAUCAGAUGGAAAUGUCGAUGCAUUUUAAACUGUUAAAUCAUGGAAUUCACUAUACAAUACUAAGUCAACAUAUUCUAUAAUUGGCUAGUUUAACCGUCAGUCUUAACUAAUAAUGCCACAAGGUAUAUGGUAAAUACAAAAAUCAACAUAUUGACAACAUAUUAGGGAAGGCUUUGCUUUUUAUUUUGUUACGGAGAGCUCUGUCCAUGUCAGGAACUGUCCAGAGUACCAGCAAAUCCCCAUUACAAAUAUCUCCCGCUCUGGACAGUUCCUCAUACGGACAGAGGUGUCAGCAGAGAGCACUGUGGUCAGACUGAAAAUAACUCCAGAAAGAAAUACAACUUCCAGUGAAGCAUACAGCAGCUGAUAAGUACAGGAAGGAUUAAGAUUUUUAUUAAUAGAAGUAAUUUACAAAUCUGUUUAACUUUCUGGCACCAGUUGAUUUGAAAAAAAUGUGUUUUCCACUGGAAUACCUCUUUAAAAGGUUUAUCAAUACUAGCAAUGGUACAUAGAGAGAAUGAUAAAGUGAUAAAGGUUGCCAUGUUUUGCAUAGUCAAAGUGUAAGACUUCCCUUUUCUAUUACACAACAUAACAUUCCAAUAUUUAAGUAGCUUUAUCAGUUACAUUCCAUGUAAAAAAAAAAAUUGCUCAAUAAAACAUUGCCGUUGUUACGUAUACUGACAAGGAAGGAUAUGAAUUGAUAUUUUGUUAAUGUAAAUAAAUUACGACAUUUGUAGAUGUGCACUGGCAUGACACUGUUGAUGCUGCUUUGUAUGCUGGAUUCAGCAUACAGGGAAUGUAACCUGCAAUAUUAAUGAAUCUCAGUAAAUUGCAUGUGAAGCUUACAUUCUUUCCAGUAUAGUCAUUUCAAAUUUUAUUCUGCAAAAAGUUUAUUUUUUUAUUAAACAAAUAUGAUACUUUUUCAAUUUCUAAUAACCCACAUAAUAUGAGGUUUGUGGUAUCGUAUAUAAUCAAGUAUAAGCUGACCUGAAUAUAAGCCGUUGCCCCUAAUUUCACCCCAAAAACCCAGGAAAAGUUAUUGACUCAACUAUAAGCCUAGGGUGGGAAAUACAUCAUCCCCCCAUGUAAUCAUCCAGACACCCGUCAUCAUCCCCCCCUUCAUCAUCACCGCCUGUCAAUCCCUUCAUCAGUGGUCUUCAACCUGCG